UUAAGGUUGCAGUUUUGAGUUUGGCGUUUCUUCCUCACAGUAUCUGAAUUAUCAGAAGAAUAAUAAAACCAUAAUUUACCGCUUGUUGGAUGUGGCAAACCAAGUAGACUGGUUCUACCGGCCGCUGAAUGUACGUGUGGCUCUGCUGGGUUUGGAGAUCUGGAGUGACCAGGACAAAAUUAAAGUGGAUAAAAAUCCCACUGAAACUCUAAACCGCUUCCUGGAUUGGAGGACCAGGGAGCUUCUACCACGACUACGGCAUGACAACGCACAGCUCAUCAUGGGUGAAUCAUUUGAUGGGACGACAGUCGGCAUGGCAUCUCAGUCCUCCAUGUGCUCAAAGGAUCGGUCAGGAGGAGUGAAUGUGGAUCACCUGGUGAGCGUGUUAGGUGUGGCGUCAACGGUGGCACAUGAGUUGGGUCACAACCUGGGAAUGAGUCACGAUACAGCCGACAGGCACUGCCAGUGCCAGAACGAGCCUCGGCUUGGGGGCUGCAUCAUGGAGCCCUCCACUGGGUUUAUGCCCGGUCAGCUCUUCAGCAGCUGCAGUGAACGGGAUCUCUCUCUCAGUCUACUGCAUGGUGGUGGAAUGUGUCUGUUUAACGUGCCUCAGCCGGAGAGUCUUCUGGGAGGUCCACGCUGUGGAAACCUAUACGUGGAGAAAGGAGAGGAGUGUGACUGUGGCCUGCUGGAUGAAUGA